AUUGGGGGUAGAUGUGGGAGAGAGGUGUUGGGAAUUGGGGACACUGAUGCUAUUGUUUUGGUAGAUCAGAGGUAGCUCUUAUUUUAUACUACCAACUGAUAAUACAUUAACUAAAGUCUAUGGUAACACAUUUGAUGAUACACUGCAUAAAGAUGUUAUUCACAAGUCCACUGAAACCUUUGUUUACCAUACCAUCACAUACAGUAAGGUACGAUGCCAUGUUUACCAUACCAUCACAUACAGUAAGGUACGAGACCAUGUUUACCAUACCAUCACAUACAGUAAGGUACGAUGCCAUGUUUACCAUACCAUCACAUACAGUAAGGUACGAGGCCAUGUUUACCAUACCAUCACAUACAGUAAGGUACGAUGCCAUGUUUACCAUACCAUCACAUACAGUAAGGUACAAUGCCAUGUUUACCAUACCAUCACAUACAGUAAGGUACGAGGCCAUGUUUACCAUACCAUCACAUACAGUAAGGUACGAUGCCAUGUUUACCAUACCAUCACAUACAGUAAGGUACGAGGCCAUGUUUACCAUACCAUCACAUACAGUAAGGUACGAUGCCAUGUUUACCAUACCAUCACAUACAGUAAGGUACGAUGCCAUGUUUACCAUACCAUCACAUACAGUAAGGUACGAGACCAUGUUUACCAUACCAUCACAUACAGUAAGGUACGAUGCCAUGUUUACCAUACCAUCACAUACAGUAAGGUACGAUGCCAUGUUUACCAUACCAUCACAUACAGUAAGGUACGAGGCCAUGUUUACCAUACCAUCACAUACAGUAAGGUACGAGGCCAUGUUUACCAUACCAUCACAUACAGUAAGGUACGAGGCCAUGUUUACCAUACCAUCACAUACAGUAAGGUACGAGACCAUGUUUACCAUACCAUCACAUACAGUAAGGUACGAUGCCAUGUUUACCAUACCAUCACAUACAGUAAGGUACGAUGCCAUGUUUACCAUACCAUCACAUACAGUAAGGUACGAUGCCAUGUUUACCAUACCAUCACAUACAGUAAGGUACGAGGCCAUGUUACCAUACCAUCACAUACAGUAAGGUACGAUGCCAUGUUUGCCACUGGGCUUCCUUCUGUAAUAGUGAAUCACUAGUAAAUGCUUCCUUUGCCCAGUUGGUCUCUGAUAUCAGCUCAUUCAGCUCUGAGUUGUCUUUCACUGUGUUAUGCUGUAAAGUAUGCCAUUCAGCUGACUCUUUUAUCCAAAGCGUCUAACAGUCUUGCGAGCGUACAUUUUUUACGUAUUGGUGGUCCUGGGAUUAGAACCCACUAUCAUGGUGUUGCAAGAGCCAUGCUCUUCUAACUGAGCUACAGAAGACCACCGUGGAGUGACACAUGCGUCAAAGAUGUUCAUGUGGCCUUCUAUCCAAGUGUUAACAUUAGUUCUGUUGAUAUCUGACUGUUGAUAUCUGACCUGUUGUUUUGUCCCUCGUAU